AGGGACUUUCUCUUGAUAAGAAAUCACAUGGAGGUGCUGUCGUGCUCACAUGACAAUCUGAAUUAUGGCAGGCGAGCUCAAUGAAGGAUCAGUGCCGCCAUACUACAGGGAGGUGUAUGAGGCCAUCCGGAGUAAGAUAGAGGAACGAGUGCAGGUGGAGGUCUUCCAGAGGUUGCUCAGCAGAACAGAUCUCCCCAGUGCUGUGCAGGGCCAGAUUGCUGAGCAUGUUGACUACACUGAUGGAUUCUUAAGCAAGUUAUCCCUGUAUAAAGCACUGGCGUUGAUCGCGCUUGCUCAGCAAGGAAAGCAACCAAGCCCGAAACUCUUAGAGAACUGCAUACAAGAGUUCCCUAAGCCCCAACUUGGUGAGUUCAAGGACCUCCAGACUCUGAGGAUGCAGCCAACUCAGGAGAGCCCCCUCACGGUGUCCCAGACCCUGGGCAAGCUGCUUGCCAGGGAGACAGUCCAGGUGGAGCUCAUUCCUGAAAAGAAGGGUCUGUUCCUCAAACACGUGGAGUACCAGAUCACCAGCCAGCAUUUUAAGAUCUCUGUUUACCGGCGGUACACUGAUUUCGAUGUCUUCCACGAGCUCUUGCUGCAGAGGUUUGCCUACAGAAUGGUGCCUGCACUGCCGCCUAAGAGAAUGCUGAAAGGAGUCCUGACCUCCAUGUCUGAGAGGGACUUUAUAGAGGGAAGGCGGCGUGCUCUGGGCCGGUUCAUCAACCUAGUGGCACGACACCCCUUCUUCUCUGAGGACGAACUGGUCAAGACCUUUCUCACCUUCAACGGCUCGGAUGUUCAAGUGAAAAUGCGUGAUUCUUGCAAGAAAAUGGGAGAUGAAUUCAUGACUAAUACAAUGGCGACUCUGGCAAAGGAUUAUCUCCCAGCUGAUAUCCAGGCCCAGUUUUCAUCAAGCAGAGAACUGAUCAGGAAUAUCCACAACAGCUUUCACAAGCUGCGGGACCGGGCAGAAAAGAUGGCAGAGCGCUCCAAGGAAAACGCCACUGAUUUGCUAAUGUUUGGAAGGGAGCUCAGUACACUGGGCUCCGAUGGUUCACCCAUUCCCUCUCUGGCCUCAUCCCAAAGCACCUGGGGCAUUCUCCGUCAGUCUCUGAAAGGCCUUUCCGUGGAGUUUGCUCUGCUAGCCGACAAAGGUGCUCAGCAGGGGAGGAGAGAAGAGGACGAUGUUGUGGAAAAGCUGAAUCUAUUCUUGGAUUUGCUGCAAUCAUACAGAGAUCUGUGUGAGCGGCAUGAGAAGGGAGUAUUGCACGAGCACCAGAGAGCGCUGCAGAAGUACGGUAUGAUGAAGAGGCAGAUGAUGAGUGCCACAGUGCAGCCCAAAGAGCAGGUGUCAGUGGAGCAACUGGAGUCUCGCAUUGUGCAGCAGGAGAAUGCCAUUCAGACCAUGGAACUGCGGAACUACUUUUCCCUGUUCUGCCUUCACCAGGAGACUCAGCUCAUCUUCACAUACCUGCCCAUCACCUCUCACAUCCUGGGAGCCUUCGUCAACUCACAGGUCCAAGGUCACCAAGAGAUGGGUGCAGUGUGGAAUGAUCUCCAGCAGAAGCUUGGGUGUCUCUUCGGUGUCGAUGAAAUGCAAUCCCCUCCUCUUACACCCAAGUAGACACCCAUGUCCCCUUCUCUCUCAACAAGCGAUGAAUAUGCUGCUUUGCAAGCCAAGAGACAGUCAAAGUCUCAGAAGGGACUGAUGGUGAACUGUUUUCAUAAAACCUUGAAAGACACUACAAACUGUGCCUUAAGUAUCAAUCAGUGGUGAGUAAAUGUAGUUUACUCACAUUUUUCUGUGGGACAGUUUAUCCAUCUUUUGCUGAAAAAUGCAUUGAAGUUUAGGGAGCAUUACUUUUUUCUCUGCUACCCAGCUAUAAUAAUAAUAAUAUAUGCCAUUUAGCAGACGCUUUUAUCCAAAGCGACUUACAGUCAUGUGUGCAUACAUUCUACGUAUGGGUGGUCCCGGGGAUCGAACCCACUACCCUGGCGUUACAAGCGCCAUGCUCUACCAACUGAGCUAUAGAAGGACCAUCAGUUUACCCACUUUUUUUUACCACUAUAUCACUGAUUUCAAUGAAUGGAUGUGGUCUGCACCUCGAGAUAUAUUAUGCUGUACGUGCAUCCUCACUAGGGAUGUCAGAGGUUGAUCAGUCAAAGGAGCUCAUUGGGAAGUGGAAGAGUGCUUUGAAGAAUGUGUACUGCUGCCUUGCUGUAUGAGGAGAGGAAAAUAUUGAUUUCAUAAUUGAUAUACAGGGAACAUUUUGUUGAAAAGCUGGACCUUUCUGUGUUAUUUUGUAGCUCACUGCCUUUACCACAUGAGGGACUUCUUACCUACACUUCUUGGAGGAUCAUUCGCCUAUGUUGAGGUAUAAUGUAGUGUCUUAUUGCAGGCAGACAAAUUUAAGAAUGUAAGAAUCCACUAAUUAAGCUGAUUGAAGAUGUUGCCACACAGAGACGAUAGGUUUCCUUGCCGCAGCCAGGUGGUGGCAAUAUAACCUUUUGUGUUUAAAAUGACUAGCGUAAAUGUUUAGAAAGAUUCUAAUCAGGGCAACGCCUCAUUUCUGAUAAAGACAGGCAAACCAAUAUAUAUUAAAGUAAAUGUAGUAGCAGCAUGCUAUUCAAUGAUUUGUUGGGAAGUACAACAUAAGUAUUAAUCAUCCUACCGACCACACUUGUGCAACUGGGCUUGCUAGCUUGUUGUGUUGAUAUUCAUGCAAAGGACUUCAGAUUCCUAGCUUCAAUCGAAUCUUAGUUGCAGUACUGUGAAAAGCUACUUCAGUUUCUACGCAAGAGCCGAGCAAGCUAUCAAGAGGAAGUUCAAAUGUUCAAAUCAAAUGUAAAUCAUUUAUGAUUUAUGGCUGAUAUAACACUCCACCUGACCAAUGGUGAACAUACCAAAGAAACAUGCUACAAUGCCACACAGUCAUUAGUGCAAUUAUGAAGUAAUUAUCCUGUAAUAUUUUAUUUCAGGUAGAAAUGAAAUGUGCUCUGUGUUAAUGCUUCUGAUAUGUUUGCAAUGUUUCAGUUUGAAUUGAGCUGCAAUGGUGGUUCAGUGUUAAUGUAGAUUUGAAGAAAACUAUAUUUAAUAUUUUUCUGUGUAUGUAAUAUUCUGAUUGAUCUUUUUCAAUAAUAUACCCAAUGAUUUGUCCUCUUAUUCAACAGUAUACAUUGAUUCCAUGUCUAAAGCAUAAGAUUAUGUUGGUAAAGUUUCAUUAUUUGAUCUGAUGAAGAAUUCAGUUUUCCACUCACAAUUUUGAAGGUUUUACGUAACCUGUUCUUGCAACAUUCACCCUCUUGCAGGAUGUGCAAAUUGCAUGUGUUUUUACAUGUAAUUAAAGUACAUGAAUGAGGCUGUGUAACAAAAUGUUGUCUCCCAAUUAGAACCGAGUUAUAUUAAAGAGCUCUGGGGCAAUACGUUUUGUUAUUCAAUGCAUUCUUUUUUGUCCUCUGUGGAACUGUUAAUUGGUUCCUCACAAGUUCUUAUUAUUGUGUCAACAUAAGAUAUUGUCAUAACCUUGUUUUUUGGGAAGUCUUAAAUAAUAAGAGGAACAAAUGCUUUAUCUGAUCUUUGAGAAAGAACAUUGGAACUAGGUGAAGGAUGUGGAUACAGGACCAUUAACUAUUGUAGUUAUGUUGAAUCUCACUUAAAUAAAAAGUAUCAGAUACC